AUGACCACAAUGGAGAACGAACAUGAAGAACACCGGGCAGAAGAACCGCAAAGGAUAUGGGGCGCAAAGGAUUCUCUGAAGAGGCAUACGAAAGAUCGUAAAUCCAUAAUACCAUCCGGGUCUGAGGAGACUCCUUUGUUGGGCAAUGAUGGAGCACACGAGGGAGAGAGUGAUGAAGGAAGUGAGGAGACAUUAUGGGAAGGGCAUGCGGAUUUUGCGGGAUCAACAUGGUGGCAUAAACCUUCUGUGUACUGGCUUAUAUUUCCCUUCUUCCUAUUUGCUCUUGCAGUCGGCGGAAUCGUUGUACCAAAACUCAAUCUUAUCCUUGACCUCGUAUGUCGAUCAUAUCUCGCAGAGAGAUCUUCUCAAGAUCCGAAUUUUCUUUUCACACCCGUAAUACUUGGUUCCGAUAAUCCACAAUGUCGAAUUCCUGAAGUACAAUCGUUGGUCACCAAGUUUAUACUGACAAUCACAAUCAUCACCGGAAUAAUUAGCGCCAUCAUGUCCCCAGUGCUAGGGGCUUGGUCUGAUAGACAUGGAAGAAAAAAAGUUCUGGCGAUUACGAGUCUAGGUGGUUUCUUGACCGAAAUCAUUACAAUUCUUGCGGGCAAAUAUCCCGAUCUUGUUUCAUAUCAAUGGCUGCUUGCUGGUGCGGUAUUCGAUGGACUUUGUGGCUCUUUUAUUGCGGGAAUGGCACUCACUCAUGCAUAUGCGGCAGAUUGUACCGCACCUCCCAAAAGGGCGGUAGCUUUUGCCUAUUUCCAUGCAUGUUUGUUUUCUGGAAUUGCUCUUGGUCCUCUACUUGCCGCUGCACUACUCCACUUAACUCAUAACUUAGUUAUGAUAUUUUAUGUCGCACUUGGUAUACACACUUUCUUCAUUCUUUUCUUACUACUAGUAGUACCAGAAUCACUCACCCAGAAACGUCAAGAGGUCGCUCGCGAAAAGCAUGCUGCUAAAGGCCUUCUUACAGCCAAUCAAACCUGGCUGGGGACUUUAAAAAGUACAAAUCCUCUUGCCCCUCUCAAAGUUUUGUGGCCAACUGGUGGGGGAAAUACAAAACAAGUUCGCGCGAAUCUUGUUCUACUUGCAACCGUGGAUACUAUCAUCUUCGGCGUCGCUAUGGGAGUGAUGACUGUCAUUGUUUAUUAUUCAGGCUAUCAGCUUGGAUGGCAAACCUCCGAGACAAGUCUUUACGUGUCAGUUGUUAACAGUACUCGAGUAUUCACACUCGUUGUUAUCCUUCCUAUUUUCAAUUACCUCGUCCGGACUAUACCUCGCAACAGACAGCGCAGAGAAUCAGGACUCGACAUCCCAGAACGCCAUUUGGGUGCUGAUUCAAUUGAUUUGCUCGUUAUUCGACUUUCUAUUCUCUUUGAGAUUAUUGGAUAUCUAGGAUUCACAGUAACCCGUAGCGGUCCACUGUUUGUGGUAUCUGGAAUCAUGGCUUCGAUGGGUGGUGUAGGUUCUCCGACAUUACAAUCCGCAUUAACCAAACACGUACCCCACGAUCAAAUAGGACAACUUCUAGGAGCUACAGGCCUCUUACACGCGUUGGCCAGAGUCAUUUGCCCUACGAUUUUCAAUCUAAUCUACGCUCAAACUGUUGCUACCUACCCGCAAGCAGUCUUCUUGGUUUUAACGGCAUGUUUUGUCUUGGCAUUUAAUUUUAGUUGGUUUAUUCGACCAAAUGUCUCUCUUGAAAAUUCCACGCAGAAAAGACCAAGUUUACAAGAAGUCAACAAUAAUCCAGAUGUCCUUGUUGAUGAGCAGAUUGCUGGUGUCUGA